AAUGACGUUGGAGGGAAGAGGAGUUUGAUCAAUCGAUGGACGACCUUCCUGAAGGCCCGGCUGGUUUGCUCUGUUCCUGGAGAGGGAGGAGUGGACACACACUUUGAUGAACUCGAGGACAUCUUUGUUCUGGAGACGAAGGACCCUCAGAACCCGACAAUCUACGGAGUCUUCAGCACGUCCAGUUCUGUAUUUCGUGGUUCUGCAGUGUGUGUGUUCUCCAUGGCGUCUAUUCGUGCUGCCUUCAACGGACCGUUUGCACACAAAGAAAGUGCAGACUCUCGCUGGGUGGAGUACAAAGGACGCAUCCCAUACCCCAGACCUGGCACUUGUCCCAGCGAGACGUACGACGCCCUCCAUAAAUCCACCAGAGACUUCUCUGAUGAGGUGGUGAGCUUCAUGCGGGCGCACCAGCUGAUGUGGGAGCCCGUGCUGCCUCUGGGCCGCAGACCGGUCCUGACCCGAGUCAACAGCACCAGCAUCCUGAAGAGGGUGGUGGUGGACCGCGUGGAGGCCGAGGACGGAGCCUACGAGGUCCUGCACCUGGGCACAGGUAGGGAGGAGGAAUGGAGGAAGGGAAGCUUGUAGAGGA